UCAAAUCACGUUGCACAACGCAUUAGCUAAUAAAAGUAUUUUUCAUUCGUUUAUCGCAGUGUGUUGGUGUCUAUUGUAUACGAAACGAACAAACUCUAUUGAACGCAGCAAGAAAAAAAGAAAUUUGGAAUUUUCAUCAUAACAUCGUUGAGUUAUAAUUUGUAAAUAUUGAAGAAUUUCAAAUUGUUUGUUUGACCUGAAUUUGAAAACCACUAAUUCACGAAGAUGGAAGUGCUAUCAUCCAUACCAGGUGUCACACAAACGAAUGGCAUAUCUACAUCAACAUCAAUUACACCGCAGAAAAAAGAUUCAGGAAAUAAUCCAAAAGAUAAUUUAUGGUCGGCAAUUUUGAGUGAAGUACAAAAUCAAAGUAGCACGAAACUUCCAUCGAACAAAUCAGUUUUAGUAUUAGGUGAUAAUGCAACCGGUAAAACGACAUUAAUUGCUAAAUUACAAGGAGUAGAGGAACCGAAAAAAGGCUCAGGUUUGGAGUACGCUUACAUCGAUGUUCGUGAUGAAUACAGAGAUGAUUUAACACGGUUAGGUGUAUGGGUUUUGGAUGGUGAUCCUGGCCAUAUUAAUCUAUUGAAAUAUGCAUUGAAUGAAAAUAAUUUUCCAAAUACUUUGGUUAUAUUAACGGUUUCGAUGACAACUCCUUGGAAUUGGAAGGAGCAACUGGAUCAUUGGAUAAGAAUUCUUAGCGAUCACGUAGAAAAACUCAACAUUUCUACAGAAAUACGAAAAGAGGCAGAGAAUCGUUUAAAAAAUGCUUGGCAAAACUAUUGUGAGACGGGUGACGAUUUAGAUGCAAAUUCUCCGAUGAAUAAACGCGCAGCUCGUUUAUCAUCUGUCGAAGAUGAAGCAAUGUUGCCACUACCCGAUGAAGUACUUACCAAAAAUUUGGGAUUGGACAUCGUUGUUGUUGUCACAAAGACUGAUUAUAUGACAACGUUAGAAAAAGAAUACGAUUACCGAGAUGAAUAUUUUGAUUUCAUGCAACAAUGGAUUCGACGCUUUUGUCUUCAGCAUGGUGCAUCGUUGUUUUAUUCAAGUGUUAAAGAAGAUAAAAACUGUGAUCUACUUUACAAGUAUUUAACACAUCGAAUUUACGACUUACCAUUCCGAACACCUGCAUUAGUUGUGGAAAAAGACGCUGUUUUAAUACCAUCUGGCUGGGAUAACUUGAAUAAGAUAAGCAUAUUGUAUGAAAAUAUGCACUCUUGCAAAGCCGAAGAUUACUAUACUGAUGUAAUCGUUCCACCUCCACAAAGAAAAGCUGUUUCGAAUCGUGAGAAUGAAGUGCAGACCGAAGAUGAACAACAAUUUUUAUUAAAACAACAACAAGUCUUGAUGCAAGGUCAAAAUCAAACCAGAGGUGAAUCUCCCAUGCGAACGCCACCAUCUACAAAAUCAAUGCCACGGGCAUCGAUGGACUCGAAAUUAACACCAGGUGGUGCAGGUGGUGAAGGAGUGUUGGCCAAUUUCUUCAAUUCAUUGUUGAGCAAAAAGGCAAAUGCACCCGGCUCACCCGGUGGAAUACCCGGGUCUCCGCGGCCCUCAAAUGGCGUAGAAACCACACCAGAUAGAAACUCAAUGCGAACUGAUGCUGCCGCUGAAUUAGAUCGAUUGACACGAAGCGUUAAAAAAGAUGACGAUGAACUAUCACAAUCGGAAUGUUAAACGAGUCGUCGAAAAAUGCCAAUCAAAGCAAAAGCAUUAAUGAUUGUUUCCAAUAUUUCCAAAAUUUACAUAAAAUGACAUUUUAAACUUUUAAUACAAACACUAAUACAUGCAACAUGUGCAAACUACAAAGUGCAGUGCUUAAUUAUCGCGCCAAAUUAAUUCGAAAAAAUAUGUGUAUUGAAUACAAAAAGAAAAAAAUGUUCAAAUUUGUUUCAUUUGAUUUACAAUGCUACGCUAUUAUUUUAUAUAGUAAUACGGAUUACAUUGAAGAAGGCUUUUUUUUUUAAAUUCAACAAUAAUUUUGUUACUUUCAUAAUUAUGAGACAAAAUCGAGUCGCAUAACAGAAUUCCUAGCUCAUUUCAAGCAGUAGAUAAUUUUAGUUUCAUUUUAAAUGUUUAUUUUUCUAUUUUCAAAGUAACAAUUUAAAAUAUCUGCAAUAUUUAAAGAUAUUUAUGAACAAAAAAAAACGGCAUUCAGUAAUAAAAAAGUACUAUAAUGUAA